AGUUAUUUAUUGUAGUUUUGGGCAUUAUGGUUGUCAGGAAUUUCGCUCUCAUGCCCUCUCUACCUUUUUGUCUUCGUCAACAGGGAAGGGCAAUCACUUGACAGAAAUUCAAUUCUUGAAUAUGAAUUGCGGGGCAAAUCUCCAUUGAUUUCAUCAGCUUGGGCCUUUCUAAUGAUGUUUCUUUGCCCAUUUUUUACUUGGUUGCUUGCUGUUUAUGUUGCUGUAGCCUCUAGGGAGGGGAGGGGAGUGGUCUUAUAUCGCUUCACCCCUCUCGUGUAUCUAUUUUCUAUUUGAAUAAGUGGAUCCCAUUAGUUUUGGUUUUUUGCAAGAUUCAGAACACAAUUAUUUGCCUUAGAAAUGGGAGCAGUAAAACAGGAACUCUUUCUUUUCUUUUCUUUCUUUUGCUUUGUGUUUAAUUGAAGCAAGUGUAGAUGCUGGCUGAUGAGUAGGACAAAAAAUUAGAGAAAGCAACACUUACUUUUUCGGAGGAUUGUUCUGAUAGAUGGGAGAAAAUUGCUGCUCAACAUCCUGGUAUGUCUGUGGAAGAUGUUAAGUAUCACUAUGAGGUUUUGGUUAAUGAUGUCAAGUGGAUUGAAUCCGGUUUUGUGUCCUCCAUUCCCUGUUAAUGUUAUAGUUCUCCUCUUAGAUGGUUCAAAUAGCCAUAUUGGAUCUGGCAAGAAAAGUGGCGAUCAGAAGAUGAACACAGGCACAGUCUUAUCUUCUUGCAUCUCGAUCUCUAAGAAUGUUAUUCUUGUCGAUCUUUUAGAUGAGAUGGUCAUUCUGUAUCCGACAUGUUAUCAAAGCCUGGCUAGCUCUCGCGUGUUGGGACUCCUAUUUGCGGAUAUAUAAUUAAUGACUGUGUUUUCCUAAUAGUUUGAACUUUUAGGUGAGACAGUCAUUCUGCAUCCGACAUAAAAGAAGCAAGUUCUUACUGUCUAGCCUCGCCUCGCCUCGCCUCUGGUGCUUACCAUAACUUUGCAUUUAUGCUGUGCAUGCAUGCAUGUAGUCUCAACAUAAUGUGAUGAUGAUGGAGUUGGUGUCAUUUUAGCCUCUCUAUGGCUUUCUACUGUUUGUAUUUAUUUGUUUACGAGCCUCUCUAUGGGUUUGUGUCAGGUUGAAUACUUUAAACAGGUUAAAUUACUCAAUUCUAACCUGAUCCGUUUAUUAUCGUGUCGGGUUCGUGUCGACCCGUUUAUUAUCGUGUCGGGUUCGGGUUGACUCGUAUUGACCCGUAUAUAUAAUUAAGUCGAAUUUCUUGAUUCAAAU